CAUGCGGUCUGACUGGAUAUCCAGAUGUACAUCCGGAAUAUCCAGGCAUUCUGGGGCAUAUUAACCUUUAGGCUCACCGAGGGCAUCCCCGUGCCAUCUCCAUCAUUUAGACGCCGGCUACUUCGGGCAGACCUCCGCACGCACGGGCGCUCCCCCCGGGUUACUGAACCGUCAUCAUCUCUGCGAGGCAGUCCACCAUUGCUCACCACCGCCCCCGACGUCGACCCGAGUUGGCCCCCCUGCACUCGACGUCAGUAGUAUGGAUCGGCUCUGCGGUAAGCGUUA